AUCGUUAGGUUAGUAGCGCGCCGUCUGUCGCUCGAGUAGCUUGGCUAACUCUGCUUAUUGUUAUAAAUGCUCAAAUCUGUUAUUAACUUAACUGCCUCUGUGUCCGCGAGAAAUUCAUCGAGAAUGACGAGUGUCCACAGUGCGUACAAGGAGGAGGUGCACGACGUGCCGAUGUCUGUCAUCAUCAGGCCGUUCAUACCAGAACUUACGGAAGAAAAAGUCGUCUCACUCAUGGAAACGAUACAGAAAGAAGAAGAGGCAGGCAACGUACCCCCCAUAGAUAUCCUCUGGAUCAAGGGUUCAGAGGGAGGAGACUAUUACUACAGUUUCGGAGGCUGCCACAGGUAUGCCGCCUACAAACGUCUGAACCGACCGACCAUUCCUGGCAAACUGAUCAAAUCCACCAUCACCGACCUUAGAACGUAUCUUGGAAGUAGUACACCAGACUUGAAGUAAAUUAUUUUCAGUAACAAUUAGUUUUAAUGUAAUUAUUUUGCUCGCACAAUGCAAAGGUACAUUAGGUAAUUGAUAUUUGUAAAAGGCUAGCCUACCCAUUCUAUAAUGAGAAAAUUAUGUGAAAGGCUUUCAAACAUCAAUUAAAUGUCACAGGUACCUAAAUAUCAUGCAGAACAUUAUCUAAGCACUAUGUUGAACGUGAACUGAAUCAAAAAUGUUAUUUUUGUACAUAUUAAGUUAAGAAAUAAUUAUUUUUAUAGAUCUAAGAUAAGCAUUUAACGAUUUCCUACAGCGGAUGCGGUCAAUAAAAUAUAAUACAAAUAUAGGCAUAUUUCUAUAAUUUGAAAUAUAAUUUAAUAUUUCCCGUUGGGAUCAAAACCUGUUUCCUACGACCUUAGUCAAUCGAAGGACUUCAAAUAUUAAAUAUUAUAUAGAUACUCGUUUAUUUUUGUAAUAAAAUUAUUGAUGAUAAAAUAAAACAAAUAAAUUCUCCAACGGUGUAUUUAUUUGUGGAGUGGCUUACCUAACUACAGAACAAUGGAUAUGCCGUUUCUGUAUAUUUACAAACAUGAACAUAAAUAAUAUCAAAAUACAAUUUCUUACUAACGCAACGGCGGCGCACACAAGCACUGGGGAACGUAAUGACAAAUGAACACAACUACUAUUUCUUAGCACCAACUUUCCAUACAUGCAGACAUUUAACAUAAACUUGCUAUUACAUACUACGUUUAUAUCAAUUUAAAUGUAUUUAUAUCAAUUUUAAUACAAUGGCAAUCCUUGCAUAGUUUACAUAAAACUUCAAACAAUAAUAAUCUCUAAUGUAUUUACGAUUAUCACGUUUGCUUGCAUGCAUCAACUUUUCCAUUAGUAUUCCAGUCCGAUCAAACAAAACAAAAAUAUGUAUCUUUAGACAUAUUCGCAUACAAAUAUUCUAAUUUAAUUGCAUACAAAGCUUGUCUGUAUAUGAAGGCAGCGCAAGGAUUACCAAUGUGCUAAUACGUAC